UGCGGCGGCGGGCGGAGGCGCAGGGCGUGCAUUCUCACGCGGCGCUUGGACUUUUUCUUUUCUUUUUUUUUUGAGCGGCGGUGGUCUAAAAACUGUAAAUCUGGAAAGGGGCCGGUACUCCUCGCCUUCCUUCCUCCUGUGACUACCUAGUCUAAGAUGGACAAAGUCUGUGCUGUUUUUGGAGGCUCCCGGGGCAUUGGCAGGGCAGUAGCACAGUUGAUGGCCCAGAAAGGCUACCGACUGGCCAUCAUCGCCAGAAAUCUGGAAGUGGCCAAAGCCGCCGCCGCUGACCUCGGCGGUGGUCAUCUGGCAUUUAGCUGUGACGUUGCCAAAGAACAUGAUGUUCAAAAAACAUUUGAAGAGCUGGAGAAAAAUUUAGGUCCUGUGAACUUCUUGGUAAAUGCAGCUGGGAUUAGCAGGGAUAGCCUUUUAGUAAGAACAAAAACUGAAGAUAUGAUAUCUCAGCUUCAUACUAACCUUUUGGGUUCCAUGCUGACCUGCAAAGCUGCCAUGAAAACUAUGAUUCAACAACAGAGAGGGUCUAUUGUUAAUGUAGGAAGUAUUAUUGGUUUAAAAGGCAACGCUGGCCAGUCCGUGUACAGUGCCAGUAAAGGAGGAUUGGUUGGAUUUUCACGUGCUCUUGCUAAGGAAGUAGCAAGGAGGAAAAUUAGAGUAAACGUAGUUGCACCAGGAUUUGUUCAUACAGAUAUGACGAAAGACUUGAAAGAAGAAAACUUAAAGAAAAAUAUUCCUCUUGGGAGAUUUGGAGACCCUAUUGAUGUGGCACACGCGGUUGUGUUUCUCUUAGAAUCACCGUAUAUUACAGGGCAUGUUCUGGUGGUGGAUGGGGGGUUACAGCUCACGAUGUAGCUUACAGAUCUCAGUUGUAGUGGUGAUUGGAAUCAAGGACACACUUUGUUGAUUAGACAGUCAUAUCUACAUGGGUGACAUUUGCUCAUCAAACCUAUUCAUGCUACUAAUGUUGAUUUCUGUCUUUAUAUGUAUGUAUCCGAAAAGAA